AUGACGUGCACACAUGACAUCGACGGCAGUAUCAACGGCAGCGACCACGACGACUGCAGCUCAGACGUGAGUUUUGCUGGCAGCGGUAGUGCCUGCUCCGGCGGCAGCGAUCGUGGAUACAAUGACGGCUGCAAUGUGGGUAACCAUGACGAAUUCAACAACGGUGGCAAUGUUGGCGGACGCGAUGGUGGGCGUGAUGGGAGCAACGAUGCAGGAUACGAUGGUGAUCAUGAAGGCUGCAGCGAUUGGACAGGGAGAUUGUUGUGCAGUGACGAUGGGAGCUCCAACAAGAAGCGAAGGAUCACGUGCGAGGGUGAUACGUUCGUCAAAACGAAGCGGCAGCGCGUUGGUCAUGAAGAUGCCGGAGGUGAAAAGACGUGGUGUUGCGAUGACGCUGAGUGUACUGCUAUCGCGAAACAACAUCAACAGCCGACGCCAACGUGGAUUGUGCAUUUGUGGUUGCGGGAUGAAGUCGAAGGGCUUAAGCGGGUUUUGAUGAGAGGCGUUGCGGCGGCACAUGAAGGCCGCGUGUUGAGAACAAUGGCCAAGGUUCAUGACUUACACCGCACUGCCAUUAUGGAUGACGACACAACCACGCUCUUAUGGGAAUGUCUGCUCCUGGCUGGGGAAGUUUGCAAGAUGAUUGCGAUGGUGAAGGGAUUGUGGAUUGUGCAAGAACAUGACAAUGCUAAGUACGAAGAUGAGUUGAUUUAG